CGUCAAGCCUCAACGCCACCUAUCUACCACGCCUCACACUCCCAACACUCAAAUUCGCUAAAUACUGGCUACUAGAUCGCUCUUCUCCUUGAUUAUAUUAGCGUGCUCGAGCCACCUGGUAACCCAUAAUUUGUACCUCUCGCCCAUACCCACAAUGCCUCGCCGUAGCGCCGGCAGCGCAGCCCCCUCAAACGACCCCACCUCCACUGCCACAUCGCUUUCCCAGAAGAAAGUAUGGCCAUCUACUUUUACCGACGGGUUGCCCCUUCCCAAGCUCGUCGUGUUUGAUCUUGACUACACCCUAUGGCCAUUCUGGGUAGACACCCACGUCACACCGCCUCUCAAGGCUCUAGAAGGCGGAUUGAAGGUCAAGGAUCGAUACGGGGAAGGCUAUGGAUUCUUCGCUGAUGUCGGCGGAGUUCUGGAUGCUCUCCGGCAGAAAGGCAUCCAAAUCGGCGCCGCCUCGCGAACCCACGCCCCCGACCUCGGCCGCGAAAUGCUGAAGCUCCUCAAGAUCCCAAACGCCUCCUCGCCUAAGGACUCACACCGUGCGAUCGACUACUUUGAUUACCUGCAAAUCUAUCCCGGAAGCAAAACAAGCCAUUUCGAACGCAUAAACAGAGAGAGCGGGAUCGAGUAUGAGGAUAUGCUAUUCUUUGACGAUGAGAGUCGGAAUAAGAAUGUUGAGGUGUUAGGAGUGGUAAUGUGGCUGGUAAGGGAUGGGGUCACCAGAGAGGAAAUGGAUGCCGGGGUGAGAAGUUGGAGAAAGAGGAAUAAGAGGGUGCCAAAUUAGUGGGGGCUCAGGAACCGUGAAUAUAUAUGGCACCUUUCUCGGGUGCAUAAGAUGAUAUUCCAAUCUCCGUGAAGAUCGAUCGCACGAUACUAGGACUCGUGGAAUGGAAGAUGAAGGGCCUAGAAUACAAAAUUCACGAGGUUUAUGUUGAGCGGUUUACAGCGACAUCGGUGGACAGAUAGGUAUAAACUUAGACGGACUUAGAGACGAGCAACACAGCUACUUUCGAUUCAUGCUGAAGCUCAGUCUUCAAGAACAUGCAUUCUUGGUGGCUGAUCACGG